AUGCUUCCUGCUCAUCGCUCAGCUACACAGUAUAAUAUUGAUGACCAAUUAAUAGUUGCCAUAAUUCAACACGAUCUUUCAGCAGUUCGACAUAUCCUUGAAUCCAAUCGGUAUAGCUCAACAAUAAAUCAAAGUCUUUUGUAUUGCUCAUACCGAGAUGGUUUCAAUCAACCAUUAACACCCUUAGCUGCUGCUUGUCAUUUUGGUUCAUAUGAUAUUGUUGAUAUAUUAAUAAAUUAUUUUCAUGCUAACAUCAAUAAGCAACAUCUACCUGGUUGUAAAACUCCACUUCAUUAUGCUGUUUUAGCAAAAUCAAAUCGUUCUAUUAUUGUUCAAUAUCUUCUUGGGCAUGGUGCGAGUGUUGAUAUUCAAGAUCGUCAUGGUACUACAGCGUUAAUGUUAGCUGUCCUUCAUUCUUAUGAUGAUAUAGUACAUCUAUUACUUGAACAAGCCGGUGCAAAUGUACGCAUUUACAAUCAAUAUCAUCUAACAGCAUUUGAUUUCGUAAAAACGAAUACUUCAAUUAUCAAUAAUCUUAUUCGUUAUGGUACUAUAUCAUUUAAUAUAAACGAUAAAAAAUUAUUUCAAUGGCUAAUUAUUAAUAAACAUAUGCGUUUAGCUCGUCUAUUAAUCGAAGCCGGUUAUACGCCACCAAUCACAUUAUUUCAACAGCGAAUACGUUCAUUGAAAAGUUUAUGUCGUCUAAAAAUACGUUUUCAAAUUUCAGGUAGUCAUUUUCGACAACGUAUCGAAACGCUUCCGGUGAGAAAUAAACAAUUAAUUAAAUAUAUUUUACUUGACGACAUAUAG